GAAACACCGCUUUCACUAACUCGCGUCCUCACUGCUAUGGACACCGGAGAGCACUGACCAUCCAGAAACCAUGCCUACCGCUCUCGGUGGCGAAGAGAAACUUUCUGUUGUCAGCUUUCUGCUUCGAUGCGCAUAUUCUCAGGUAGCAAGAAGCAAACACAGUCGCUGUGCCAAAAGUCUAUUUAAGGACCAGGACAUGACUCAGUCCUGGACACCCCAGCAAGCCUUAAGGGGUGACCAUGCUCAACGAAUUCUCUACAACUCCAAGGAUCCAAAACAGUCAUCUAUACAGCAAAGGCAAAGUCGGGGGGAGGCUGAGCUGCGAAUGACCCGUCACCCGCGCAUAGCACCUCACAAAUCGAUGCUUGCUGAUGAUCUGAAGCUGAGCAGUGAUGAAGAUGACACUCAAAGGGCCAUUCACGAAUCCACUUCCUGGGACAGAUGCAGCCUGUCAGCACAGCGAGCACACACACAUGGCAGGCGGGUGAGACAUUCCAGCUCGGACUCUUCAGACUCAGACUCCACUGCAGUGUCGGACAGCAGCAGCCUUCAUUCCCGCAGCCCCAGCCAGAGUCCAGAAGUUCACCCAGAUCCUCCAUCGCCUGCCAGCACACAGCCACCGUGCAAAAACAAGGAGAAUGAUCACCUCCCUGCUACCCAGUGGCAGUUGGAUAAAUGGCUAAAGAAAUCUCAUAAAAAAUCUGCCAGUGCUGAACAAGAUCCCUCCCAGAACAUUCAAGGGCGCCAUCCCUCUCCUCACACCCAGCGAGCCCCAUCACCAGCCAGAUCAUGGGACAGUGAUCAGGAGUACAGCCCUAGCCAAAGCCCCAUUCCCAGCCCACAGUUUAAUUACAGCAACAACAACCCUUUACCUAGCCCUGGUUACAGCUACUGCCCUAGCCCCAGUCCAUUCCCCAGCACUUGUCCAAGUGCUACCCCUAGUCCAAGGCACAGCCCAAUCCCCAGCCCAUUUCCAAGUGUUUGCCCAAGUCCGUGUGGAAGCACAAGAGCUAGCCGUAGCCCUAGUCCUUUACCUCAAAAUCCUCCAAGAAGUCCAAGUCCCAGUUUACCUGCUCCUCCCAGGAUUUGUCAUUACCCUGAGUAUCAGGAUCAGCGUCAAGCACAUCAUAGUCUAACAUCUAACCCCCAGAGGACAAAAAUUAGGCAAUGGAUUGCUCCGUUGCCUACCACCAAUACAAAGAGUAAGCUCACAGAUAACAAUCAUCAUCAGCAGUCUCAUCAUCACAGGUCCAAGUCUCGCCCCACACAGGACAAAGACCAAAGGCAAAGCAAAUCAAAAGCAUUUCCAGUUUUAACUUCUAGUCAGAGUCACAGCCACAAAUCUAGAAACCAGCCUACUUUGUAUCCAAGCUCCAAGCCUGUUUCUGAAGCUUACAAAGCUAAAAACACAUCACAUUUUGAACAAAUCAAAGGAAGCAGAUCCAGCCAGAAACGGUGGCCUCUUUGUCAUGAGAAUUCACUUCAUAGCCCUACAAGAACAAAGAACUCAGUUUCCACUAGUCGUGAAACUAACACUGGUCAUAGUUCUCAUUCCCAAUCUACCUCAAAAGCUGUUAGUAAUUCUGGUACUGGGUCGAGCUCUGGGCCCAGUUCUCGCCUGAAACAUAGGUCCAAGUCGUGGGAGGCUUCAACCCUAAACCCUGUGCAUGUCAAUCACACAAAGACUUCACAGAGAAAGAUCCAAGAAAAGUCACAGGAAGAGGAACAGAGAGGAGAUCAUCUGACACAAGCAGAGGGGAGGAAACAAGACAGAAAGGAGGACAGGCCCCAUAGAAAACAGCAAGGGAAGCAGGAGAGAAAGGAAGAAAGGAGACUGGCGGAGGAGCAGCUACUGAGACGCCCCUGGAUCCAAAGUUCAGCAGAAGAAGAGGAGGAAGAGGAGGAGGUAGCAACAGAGCAGAGGAGAAGAGAGGAGACAGCGAGAGGAGAAAACAGGAGGAAUCGGGAGCAGGCGCGUGAAUGGCAAACAUCCCAGGCCAAACAGAGAGUUCGAGACGACUCACAAGGUCAGGGCAGGACAAAAACAGGAGGGAGAAGUGAGGACAGAGAGUUAGAACCAUCACCUACUCUGUCCUCACGCUCUCCAACUCCUGGUAGAUCGUCCACAUCAUCCUCAUCAUCAUCGUCCUUACAGUCCUCCUCUUCAAACUCAGACUCUGAAUCUGAAUUUCAGCCUCCAGUCAGAGGCAAAGUUUCAGCUGACUCCACCUCUCAUAAGAAACUCACCAAAAAAGGGCAGCAGGACCCAGGUAGACCUGAUGGUGUCAGGCCAAAGGUGGUGCCACCCAGACAAUCCAGCACAGGUCAUCCUGGUGAGGGGCAGAAAAGUGAGGAGAAGCAGAAACUCUACACCCUCGUCCCAUUUGGGCGAACUGAGAAGACGGCCCCGACCUCCCAACGGGGGCUGAGAAAUCUGGUAGUGCAAAUAGACCUCUGUCUUCUCAAGAGGGUCCCAGACAGCACUACAAAUUCUGCUACAAAGAAACUACCUUCUUCCUCGUCCUCAUCACCAACUAAGGACAAGCCAAGAGAGGCUAUGAAACAAACGUGUGUCCCCGAAACUUCAGCAAAAGACAGCAAAAGGAAACGCAAGUUGGAGAAUGGUGUAUCACAGAGAGACAGCAAGAGGAGACUUUCUUAUACUAAUGACCUCUCAGAGAAUACAGAAUCACUCACAGCUGAGAACUUUGUAACUGAGACGAUGCACAAUGGGCACUUGGAGGAGUACUUGGACAACAAGAGGCCAGUGUCUCCCCUGUCUCCCUUGUCUCCUCUGCCCCAGAGCCCUGAGUCCAACAAGCCUACCUCCAAAACAAAGACUGCAGAGCAGCAUCACUUAAACACCCCGAAAAACAAAGAGAAGAACAAAGAUCCUGCUGUAAAGCAACCCAAGAUGGAGGUGGAGUGUGUAAAAGUGUCACAACAGCCCCAACCACAGUCUGAGUCCUCCUGGGGCCCUUCUAGUCACAGAGGGACUGUGCCAAACCAAGAAAGUCCUCACCACGCUGAGUACUACUUACAUGAAGCUAAACGGAUGAAACAUCGCGCUGAUGCAAUGGUGGACAAGCUGGGAAAGGCUGUGAACUACGUUGACGCUGCUCUCUCCUUCAUGGAAUGUGGGAAAGCAAUGGAAGAAGGGCCCCUCGAGGCAAAGUCUCCUUAUACAAUGUAUUCUGAGACAGUGGAGCUGAUUAGGUACGCAAUGAGAAUAAAGAGCCACUCUGGCCCUGGGGCAAGACAAGAAGACAAACAGCUGGCAGUUCUGUGUUUCCGAUGCCUUGCCCUCCUUUACUGGCAGAUGUUUCGUUUAAAGAAGGAUCAUGCACUGAGAUACUCUAAAGUGCUGCUCGAUUAUUUUAAGAGUUCUCCCAAAGUGCCUACAGGACCCCCCUCCUGGAAUGAGUGUGGAAAGGAUAUUGGAGGACCGCCGUCUUCAUUUUCUCCAAAUACAAAACACCAUGGUCGGGUUUCACAUGGAGGAAGUAGCCCUGCAUCUCUUAUAAGCAUUCCCCAACGUAUCCACCAGAUGGCAGCAAAUCACCUAAACAUUACCAGCAGUGUCUUAUACAGCUAUGAGUACUGGGAGGUUGCAGACAACCUUGCAAAGGAGAAUAAAGAGUUCUUCAACUACUUGAAUACUUUGUCUGGGCCAUUGACUCUUCAUAGUAGCAUUGCGCACGCUGUCCAAUACACCAGGCAGGCUCUUCAGUGGAUACGCAUUAGUGCCAAACUUAACUAACAUGAAGAGGAUUCACUUUAACCUCACCACUGUCUCUCAAGCCUCCAUUUACUGCAGAGGAGAUAAAACUUUGGAUAUCUGUGCAGCUAACAGGACAGCACUAAUUGUUGUGGUAGUGAAAGGAAUGUGCAUUAAAUCACACAAAGCCACAUGUUGGGGUAAAUAUAACACGAUACUUGUGCAAAAUUUUUUAAAAGAGCAAAAAUUACAAUGCAUGUAUCAAUCUUCAUUCUUGGAUUAAUUAGAGGAGUUGAACGUGUGGUGUGUAAUAAUUUGCCAAUUAUAUUCUGGACCUCAAAGAACACAAAAUAUAUGUGAAAAUAUAUGUGUGAAGACACAUAUAAUUUUUUUGUUGGGGCCAAAACAAGAAACCAAUCAGUCAUAGCAGGAAACGUCUCCUAAUGAUCCAACAUGGAAUGAAUCCAAUCGACUGGAUUCGGUUUAGUUUCUUGAAAACAUUUAGUUCUCAUAUUGAAGAGCACCUUCACUUCUGGUGGAUUUAGUGGGAGAUUUUACUUUUGUAGCCAGUGAAGUCGCUGAUAUUUUACAGUCUAUAAUCUUAGUGGUGACUCACCUGAGGUCUCAGAGUGAAAUAGAAAGAUGGCAAAGUAGACAAAGUAGAGAAACCUUCACAUAACAAAGAACCUAACACUUAACAUCACCUCUCCCCUACCUACAAUAACAUCCCCACAGCUAUCCAAACAACUAUUUAUUCUUAGCCUCAAGUAAAAUCACAGACAAUGGUCUUUCUAAGAAGACUUCAUGUGGGUCACAAUGCUCAAUGGCAGUUGUAGACUCUAAAACAUCAGCGGUUUCACUCACAUGAAAUCUCUCUAUUUAUCUCUAUCAGAACUGAAAAAGCUCUUCUUGAUGAGAGACAAAUGUCUAAACUCUGUCCAGCUGACUUGAUUCCUACGUUGGAUGCCAUGACCUGGAUGAACGAAACCUGCACAGACUUCUCUUAUUGACAUAGAAAGUAUCUAAUAUUUUCACUUGUAUUUUUUUUUUUUUUACUGUGCAAUACCCGAUGGAAAAUUUGUUUUUA